AUGAAGCUGUUGAUGGUCCUCAUGCUGGCGGCCCUCCCACUGCACUGCUAUGCAGGUUCCGGCUGCCAACUGCUGAACGAUGUGGUUGAAAAGACCCUCAAUCCUGAAGUAUCUGUACCAGAAUUCCAGCAAUAUGUGCAAGAGUUCGCAGACAGUGAUGCUGCUAAAAAUGCUGUAGGCGAAUUCAAGCAGUGUUUCCUCAACCAGUCAAAUGAAACUCUGCAGAAUUUUGAUUUAAUGAUGCAUACGGUAUACAACAGCGUUUGGUGUAAGCCCUUCUAA